AUGGCUUAUCUUGGACCCAAUCACAUGUGCUGCACAUGUGUAGCUCUAGGAUGGUCAACAAGACAAUUUGAAAAAUGUGGUCAGACUCACACUGGUUGUUGGUUCCAUUGUACCAACUUUCAGAAACAUCUGAAUGCCUCUAAUGCUCAGUUGGCUAUCAAUGAAGGAACUGCUUCGAUUUUGAACACAGACACACCUCUUUGGCUUCAACUUCAUUACCUAGCCUUGACACUUACUAUUCCAGAAACCCGCAAACCUCCACAUUUGGAUGAUGCUCCAGAGGUGACGUCUGCAUCUCAGCUUUUCAAACCUCACCCUCGUCAAAGGAAUCCACGAUUAAUGGCGAGGGGGAAGGGUCUGCAGAAGCAACAGGGGCUGGAUAUUGGCAAUGGUAUUUACCCAGUAGUUGAACAUCAUUUAACGCUAGGCAAACUUGGAGAAGUCCCAUUAAGCCAUGAUGGUGUUCUUGGGAGUGGAUCUGACUUCAAAUUUUCUUCAAAUGCUUCAUCCACCCAAUCACAUCAUGAUUGCGCUGCAAAAUCUAGAUCUGAAACUGGAAGCAUCGGGGAAUCAAGUGGAAACCAUUUGAAUUUGGAUGAAGAUUUACAAGGAGACUAG